AUGAACGACUUUGCUUAUGGUCGAACUGACUCUGGGCCUGCCUUUGUCGGGAUUCAAUUUUGUCAGGAAUGCAAUAAUAUGUUAUACCCUAAGGAAGAUAAGGAGAAUAAAGUCUUGCGAUACAUGUGUAGAAAUUGUGAAUAUAGCCGAAUUGCUGAAAAUCCCUGCAUAUAUGUUAACAAAAUAACACAUGAAAUUAACGAAUUAACUCAAAUUAUAGCUGAUGUAGUUGCUGAUCCUACGCUGCCUCGAACGCGUGAGCAUGCCUGUCCUAAAUGCAUGGAACGAGAAGCUGUCUUCUUUCAAGCACAGUCGACGUUAGCAGAGGAUAAUAUGAAGUUAUAUUAUGUAUGCUCUGUUCAAGGAUGUGGUCAUCGGUGGACAGAAUGA